CUUGGAUCGUCAGCUACCUCAGCCCAGCAAGAAAAAUCAAGCACAUGCUUUCAUGCUAGUGUGAUUGUGCGACCGGGAUCCCUCGAUGCGGGCUCGGGACCUGCACCCGCUCUGCUGCCUCCCCGUCGACUGCCCCGGCAGCUGGUGCGCGGCGGCGGCCUCCCCUCCGCCGCCCCCCGCGCCCAGCCACCCGGCGACGGUGGCGGGGGUGCUGCACAAGUGGACCAACAUCGGCAAGGGAUGGCGCCCGCGCUGGUUCGCCAUCCUCCGCGGCGGCCUCCUCGCCUACUCCAAGAUCCGCCGCCGCUCUGCCGGGGCCGCCGCGUCUCCGGGCCUCUCGGCCGACGGCGGGCCCCGGCUGAUCGGGCCCGCCGGGUACGGCGCCGCCGCCGAGGACCGCCCCAUCGGCUUCCUGCACCUCAAGAUCUCGUCAUUCCGUGAAAGCAAAUCAGAUGACAAGAGGUUCUAUAUUAUUACUCCAACCAAGACACUUCAGCUGAGAACCGACUCGCCCAAGGAUCGUGUGGCUUGGAUUGAAGCCCUUGUUUCUGCAAGAAGGGAAUCUUCCCCCAGUGAGGGUUUGCUGUGUGACCAGAACGAUGCAUCGUUUUCGACAGAUAGGCUUAGAAAUCGCAUGCAUGCUGAAGGCCUUGGUGAAGAGGUUAUCAAAGACUGUGAACAGAUUGUCCAUUCAGAAUUCUCACAGUACUAUACACAGAUGAAGCAACGCUGUGAAGAGUAUUUGAGCUUUCUUGGCAGUCUUCCACAACAGCUUGAGGUACUUAAUGAACAAGAUACUACGCGCUCGAUCAGACCUGAAUGUUCCUGCUCUGGACAUGGAAAAUGUAGUGAGAGCAGCAAUACAGAAACAUCUGAUGAUGUUGGGUGUCAGGAGUUAGAUGAAUUGUCAGAUGAAGAUGACUACAUUUUCUGUGAUACAAGACAAAGUUUCAGUGAUUCUGCUGCAAGUCCUGACUUAAGGAUGACAUGUUCAAAUUCGAGCAACGAUGUCCAUCAAGUUGAUCAUGAAUUUGUAGAAUCAAUAUCCUCCAAGGGCGACAAUGAAUGUUUAUUGCUGCCAUCAAAACGGCGCACAAAGUUGCCUGAACCAGUUGAAAAGGAGAAGGGUGUUAGUCUUUGGUCAAUGAUCAAGGACAAUGUUGGAAAAGAUUUGACACGGGUCUGUCUCCCCGUUUACUUUAAUGAACCAAUUUCAUCUCUUCAAAAAUGCUUUGAAGACUUGGAAUAUUCUGAUUUGUUGGACCGUGCAUAUGACUACGGCCUAAAGGGGAAUAGUGUGAUGAGAAUUCUAUGUGUUGCUGCAUUCGCAGUCUCUGGGUAUGCGUCCUCUGAUGGCCGGCCCUGCAAACCAUUUAAUCCAUUGCUAGGGGAAACUUAUGAAGCUGAUUAUCCUGAAAAUGGAAUCCGUUUUUUCUCUGAAAAGGUUAGCCAUCAUCCAAUGGUCAUGGCCUGUCAUUGUGAAGGAAGAGGUUGGAGAUUCUGGGGAGAGAGCAAUGUAAAGAGCAAAUUCUGGGGACAGACAAUUCAGCUUGAUCCUGUUGGUGUUUUGACAUUACAAUUUGAUGAUGGAGAAAUUUUCAAAUGGAGCAAGGUUACAACAGCGAUUAAUAACAUUAUCAUUGGUAAACUUUAUUGCCAUCACCAUGGCACGAUGAGCAUAAGUGGGAACAGACAACAUUCAUGCAAGCUCACUUUCAAACAGCAGUCUUUCCUUGAACGCAAUCCUCGCCAGGUUCAAGGAUUUGUUGAGGAUACUGACGGUAAUAAGGUUGCCACCCUGACUGGAAAGUGGGACGAGAGCAUGUACUGCGCUGUUACUAAUGAUAAAUCUGAAGCCACUCUGUUGUGGGAGAAAAACAAACCUCCAGCUAACCCCACAAGAUACAAUCUGUCAUCAUUUGCAAUAACUCUAAAUGAGCUGACUCCAAAACUCAAGGAGAAACUUCCGCCUACUGAUUCAAGGCUCAGACCGGAUCAGCGGCAUCUGGAGAAUGGGGAGUAUGAUAAGGCCAACAGUGAGAAGCUGCGGUUGGAGACAAGGCAAAGAAUGGCACGGAAGAUGCAGGACAAUGGAUGGAAACCGAGAUGGUUUGACAGGGACACCGAGGAUGGCACAUUCCGCUUCACUGGAGGCUACUGGGAGGCAAGAGAGCAGAGGAGGUGGGAUGGCUGUCGUGACAUAUUCGGUGAAUUGUCCGACAAUCGAACUUCUGGGGUUCUCCCCAUUGUGGAUAGCUCAAGUAUGUAGCCGCUCCACUCCCACCAGUACCAUUAGGUGUUAGCAUGAAACGGAAUACGGAAAAUAUAUAUAGUAGCUUUCCUACGGUGUGCAAAGAAGAGCUCACUCAGUCUAUCCCUUUUAUAGAAACAGUGUCAUAUAUGACUAUACAUGGAUAUGUUUAUGUGCAUAUUUAUGCUCUUUGCCGGAGUUGGUAAGUGUGUUGUUCAACCUGUUAAUAAUAAUAUUCUUGCUUCGC